ACUUAGGAAAGCGAGGGGGUAGGGCUGCCAGAUCAGUUUGUCACCACCCAGGCUCCCUUGCCUUUGGCUGGGUGCAACUUCCAUUUUAGGUGUUGGAUCUGAGGGAAAAAAAAAAGAGAGAGGGAGAGAGAGAAGAGCAAGAAAGAUCCUGAAAGGAGGAAGAGGUGGCGAAAAAUCAACUGGCUUACUGGAUUUGUCUUUCUCAACACAUUGGUGAAGCCUUGGGUCUCUUAAAGGACUUGUUUUUAGAAGUCCACAUUUGAGCUCUCUCCUUCCUGCUUCUUCCUUGCUGUGGUGGCUGGGAUGCUUCUUCCAUGAUUUUUUGACUCUAGACUGGCCUGUUCUCUGUGUUAAAAAAAAAAAAAAAAUCAGUUACGACCUUCUCUUAACAGUGUGAAGUGUGGGGGGCCUUCUCCCUCCUUCCUCCCUCUGUGAUCCACCUUCCUUUUUACCCUGCCCUGCGGCGGCUCCGCCCUUUACCUUCAUGGACGACUCAGAGGUGGAGUCGACCGCCAGCAUCUUGGCCUCUGUGAAGGAACAAGAGGCCCAGUUUGAGAAGCUGACCCGGGCGCUGGAGGAGGAACGGCGCCACGUCUCGGCGCAACUGGAACGCGUCCGGGUCUCACCACAAGAUGCCAACCCACUCAUGGCCAACGGCACCCUCACCCGCCGGCAUCAGAACGGCCGGUUUGUGGGCGAUGCUGACCUUGAGAGACAGAAAUUUUCAGAUUUGAAACUCAACGGACCCCAGGAUCAUAGUCACCUUCUGUAUAGCACCAUCCCCAGAAUGCAGGAGCCGGGGCAGAUUGUGGAGACCUACACAGAGGACGACCCUGAGGGAGCCAUGUCUGUAGUCUCUGUGGAGACCUCAGAUGAUGGAACUACUCGGCGCACAGAGACCACAGUUAAGAAAGUAGUGAAGACUGUGACAACACGGACUGUACAGCCAGUCCCUUUGGGACCAGAUGGGCUGCCUCUGGAUGCUUCUUCGGUUUCUAACAACUAUAUCCAGACUUUGGGUCGUGACUUCCGCAAGAAUGGCAAUGGGGGAGCUGGUCCCUAUGUGGGGCAAGCAGGCACUGCUACCCUUCCCAGGAACUUCCACUACCCGCCUGAUGGAUAUAGCCGCCACUAUGAAGAUGGUUAUCCAGGUGGCGGUGACAACUAUGGCAGUCUAUCCCGGGUGACCCGUAUUGAGGAGCGGUAUAGGCCUAGCAUGGAAGGCUACAGGGCACCUAGUAGACAGGAUGUGUAUGGGCCCCAGCCCCAGGUUCGGGUAGGUGGGAGCAGUGUGGAUCUACAUCGUUUUCAUCCAGAGCCUUAUGGGCUAGAGGAUGACCAGCGUAGUGUGGGCUAUGAUGACCUGGAUUAUGGUAUGAUGUCUGAUUAUGGCACUGCCCGUCGGACUGGGACACCCUCUGACCCUCGUCGACGCCUCAGGAGCUACGAAGACAUGAUUGGUGAGGAGGUGCCAUCAGAUCAGUACUAUUGGGCUCCUUUGGCCCAACAUGAACGGGGAAGUUUGGCAAGCUUGGAUAGCCUGCGCAAGGGAGGGCCCCCACCUCCCAACUGGAGACAGCCAGAACUGCCGGAGGUGAUCGCCAUGCUAGGAUUCCGCUUGGAUGCCGUCAAGUCCAAUGCAGCUGCAUAUUUGCAACACUUAUGUUACCGCAAUGACAAGGUGAAGACGGAUGUGCGGAAGCUCAAGGGCAUCCCAGUACUGGUGGGAUUGUUAGAUCACCCCAAAAAGGAAGUACACCUUGGGGCCUGUGGCGCUCUCAAGAAUAUCUCUUUUGGGCGUGACCAGGAUAACAAGAUUGCCAUAAAAAACUGUGAUGGUGUUCCUGCCCUUGUGAGAUUGUUACGAAAAGCUCGUGAUAUGGACCUUACUGAAGUCAUUACUGGAACUCUGUGGAAUCUCUCAUCCCAUGACUCAAUCAAGAUGGAAAUUGUGGACCAUGCACUGCAUGCCUUGACAGAUGAAGUGAUCAUUCCACAUUCUGGUUGGGAGCGGGAGCCUAAUGAAGACUGUAAGCCACGUCAUAUUGAGUGGGAGUCAGUGCUUACCAACACAGCUGGCUGCCUCAGGAAUGUAAGCUCAGAGAGGAGUGAAGCUCGCCGGAAACUUAGGGAAUGUGAUGGUUUAGUUGAUGCCCUCAUUUUCAUUGUUCAGGCUGAGAUUGGGCAGAAGGAUUCAGACAGCAAGCUUGUGGAGAACUGUGUUUGCCUCCUUCGGAACCUAUCAUAUCAAGUUCACCGGGAGAUCCCACAGGCAGAACGUUACCAAGAGGCACCUCCCAAUGUUGCCAACAAUACUGGACCACAUGCUGCCAGUUGCUUUGGGGCCAAGAAGGGCAAAGAUGAGUGGUUCUCCAGAGGGAAAAAACCCUUAGAAGAUCCAGCAAAUGAUACAGUGGAUUUCCCUAAAAGAACUAGUCCUGCUCGAGGCUAUGAGCUCUUAUUUCAGCCAGAGGUGAUUCGGAUAUACAUCUCUCUCCUUAAGGAGAGCAAGACUCCUGCCAUCCUAGAAGCCUCAGCUGGAGCAAUUCAGAACUUGUGUGCUGGGCGCUGGACGUAUGGUCGAUACAUUCGCUCUGCUCUGCGUCAAGAGAAGGCUCUUUCUGCCAUAGCUGACCUCCUGACCAGUGAACAUGAGCGUGUAGUCAAAGCUGCAUCUGGAGCACUAAGGAAUUUGGCUGUGGACGCUCGAAACAAAGAAUUAAUUGGUAAACAUGCUAUUCCUAACUUGGUAAAGAAUCUGCCAGGAGGGCAGCAGAACUCCUCCUGGAAUUUCUCUGAGGACACAGUGGUCUCUAUUCUGAACACCAUUAAUGAGGUUAUUGCUGAGAACCUGGAGGCUGCCAAAAAGCUUCGAGAGACACAGGGUAUUGAGAAGCUGGUGUUAAUCAACAAAUCAGGGAACCGCUCAGAAAAAGAAGUUCGAGCAGCAGCACUUGUAUUACAGACCAUCUGGGGAUAUAAAGAACUACGGAAGCCACUGGAAAAAGAGGGGUGGAAGAAAUCAGACUUUCAGGUGAAUCUAAACAAUACUUCUCGAAGCCAGAGUAGUCAUUCAUAUGAUGAUAGCACUCUCCCUCUCAUUGACCGGAACCAAAAAUCAGAUAAGAAACCUGAUCGGGAAGAGAUUCAGAUGAGCAAUAUGGGAUCAAACACAAAAUUCUUAGAUAACAACUAUUCCACGUUGAACGAGAGAGGGGACCACAAUAGAACACUGGAUCGAUCUGGGGAUCUAGGUGAUAUGGAGCCUUUGAAGGGAACAACACCCUUGAUGCAGGACGAGGGGCAGGAAUCUCUGGAGGAAGAAUUGGAUGUGUUGGUUUUGGAUGAUGAGGGGAACCAAGUGUCUUAUCCCCCCGUGCAGAAGAUUUAGCACCACUAUCUCCGUUCCAUCUGGGCUUAUGAUACAUGUACUUUUAUUUUUUGGUGGUGAAAUGGACUGAUGAUUUUCUUUCUUCGCUGGACUAUUGUGCCAACUGCCAGGCUGCCACCUGCCCUUAUAGCCCUAAGUGGCUGCCUUCUUUCCAACAACUCCCAACUUCUUCCAGUCAAGUUUGAUUGUCCUGCUCCCAACCUACCCGAAUUUCUCCCAAGAAGCCUGACUCAGUUAUUUGCAUAUCUCGAGAAACUGCUGCAGAUUAGCUCUUUUUGCCAGCUCUCUCUGGAACUCUUGGCCUUGUGUGGAGGGAGGGGGAGAAUGGGAAUCUUCACUGGAAGCUGUGGGAAGACUUGGAAGUUAUAUACUAUAUAUGCAAUGUCCAGCAAUCUGAUAAACUGAUGAUUCUUAAGAUUUUUUUCCUGGUGGCGAAGGGACUUUUUAUUUUCUUUUGGAGAAUGGGAAAUGUAAGUUCUUCCCUAAUUCCUAAUAGCCAUUUUUGAAGCAAAGAAGGCUGGCAACAUUGGCACGUUCCACCUGGCAAGGGCUCUUAAGUACAUGAAGGUCUCUUAAUCUCCAUUGAGAUUAAGAAGCCUUGCUCUCCUCAACUCUGAGGCAGGGACUAUCAAAGACCUACAGACGCCAUCUCUUCCACAAGCCUCAUGCCAACCCUGGGCUGCUGCUGCCCCGUAUAGAGGCUAUCUCUAACCCUCCUCUCCCACCCUGUGAUAUGUCUGCUGACUUGGCUUGGCCAUUUGCAAAAGGCUAUAGGAAGAGGAGAAUGUCAAGACUUUUGGUUGAGAAGGAGCAGAAAAAUGUCUUUUGAGAAGAGGAACGUCUAGGAAGAGCCUGGUAGGCAUAUAUGUGAACCAGUUAGUCUGAAACUGACAGGAAGCUUCGAAGCUGGCUUCCCCCCCAACCCUGUUUCUCCUUUUCCUAUCCUUACAGGCCUAUCCUCCCCUGUUUCCGUCCUGGAUUGGUUGGCCAACUAAAGAACUUUAUGUAUAUAACUCCCAUCCCUUUUACCCUUAUAAGGUGGGGAUUGCCCUGGGCUUUGCCUCUUCUUUGUGCCUUUGGCCUUGGGUGCACCUCCUCCCUCCCUUCCAUGUGCCUUUCUUUGCCUCUGCAGUCUCAUUUCUCAUAAUUUUGCAAAUUAUAUUUUGUUGCUUUCUUACCCACUGUUGCCCCUCAAUAGCAGAAAGAAGAGGAUAAGUGACCUAGAGAACCUCAGAUUCUUGGCUGGGGAUUGAUGUAGCCUCUGAUUUUAGCCAUAGCCAGCUUUUGCUCAAUAGGGUAUGGUUAGGAUUUUGCAAAAAUAUUGUUUGGAUGAAUCUCAAAGUGAGGUUGGUGGGAGGAAUGUGUGGCGUAACUCUUACUCCUUAGGUGCCCAAGCAUUUACCAUCGUCUCUGAAGGGGUUAUAGAGGGGAGCAGUCUUUCCCCAAUUCCUCCCUUCUCCCCAUACUGCCCACUCUCACUUAAGUAUAUAUUAUUAACAGGUUGGGCUAGAGGAAUCAGCUGCUAUGCGGGUUGAUUUUUUUUUUUUUUUUUUUUAAUAUUUUUUUUCUUAAUUUGCCUUCUCCCCUUAAUCUAAAAGCUCUGUUCCAUGCAACUGGAAUUCUUUAUCCUACUCUUCCCCUUCCCUUAUAUAUUGAGGCUAUGGGGUUGGAGAAAAGUGCACAACCCACCUUUCCCAUGCAUUAAAAUUCCUUAUUUACCUUUUUCCCCAUCCCAUUUUUCCCACUCCUAUCCACCUUUUCUGGCUAAAAGGAGCCUUUUGCUCUAUGUGACUGUAAAAACAUAUACUGCACAGGGGAAACUCUCCCUAUCCAGACCUGGCUCCACUCUUGGCUACUCUUGUCCUCUUCUGCUCUUUUCCUGGUGCUCUUUUUUUUCCCUCGGUGGGGUGUGGGUAAUAGAACAGCUGUGGGCUUUUGGGGACCUUUAACUUUUUUCUUUCAUUUAUAAAAACACUAAACAUUCAAUUCCAGAGAACCAAAAAUCCCACCUUCCCACCGAACACUACUAAGGAGCAUGUCUUCCGCUCCAUUCCUUUUCUCUUUUUCUUUCUUGUUAAUGCUUUUAAAAAUAAAUGAGUUUUUUAUAUAAAUAAAGUUUUUAAAGUGUGUA